GGAGAAGAGAACGGCUUUGCAGACAGUCCCGGAGACCCCCUCGCAGACGUCAGCGAGGUCGUCAGCAAGGCCGAGUCCUGCCGGGAGGACUGCACCUGCUCCGCCUGCUCGCUCCGGGCCCCCACCAUCAGCGACCUGCUCAACGACCAGGACUUGCUGGACGUGAUCAGGAUCAAGCUGGACCCCUGCCACCCCACCAUCAAGAACUGGAGGAAUUUUGCCAGCAGGUGGGGCAUGCGCCACGACGAGCUGUGCUUCCUGGAGCAGCGGCCCCAGAGCCCCACCCUGGAGUUCCUGCUCCGCAACAGCCAGCGGCCGGUGGGCCAGCUCAUGGAGCUCUGCCAGCUCUACCACCGCGCCGACGUGGAGCGCGUGCUGCGCAGGUGGGUGGACGAGGAGUGGCCCAAGAGGGCACGCGGAGACCACCCCAGGAACUUCUAGGCCUCCGCUCCUCGCCUUGGCCAAUUUGGACCUUGAAACAGCCCCAGACCAGGGAGCAAUGUGAAUCUAUACCUUUAUUUUUUUUUAAUAAUAUAUUUUUAUUGAUUUCAGAGAGGAAGGGAGAGAGAGAGAGAGAAACAUCAAUGAUGAGAGAGAAUCAUGGAUCGGCUGCCUCCUGCACGCCCCCUCCUGGGGAUGGAGCCCGCAACCCGGGCGUGUGCCCUGACUAGGAAUCGAACCGUGACCUCCUGGUUCCUAGGUUGACGCUCAAGCCCUGAGUCACGCCAGCCGGGCUGUGUGGCUCAUUUUGGAGCCGUUCACUCAUUUCUCAAGUCAGAUUCCCUCUGGAUGCCCACGGCUUUCUCUCUCCCAGGCUCAGGCCAACAUCUGCUUCCAUUUCUCACGGACAGAUGCAGAGUCAGUGUGUAGGCUUGCCUUUCAUAGUUAAUAACACUUCGGUUUUCUACCCUUGUCACCCAAACUACACAAUGACAUGGGCCCAAAGAAUCGAUGAGGUCGUUCUCUUUGCUCUGUGGGGGUUCGAGCUCCCUCCAACCCCCCCCCCCCCCAACCCUGUGCACGCCCUAUAAACGCAGGGAGGCAGGUUUCUGGAGCUCCAGGUGAGUGGGUGCCACACCUGGUAGUACCACUAGGGGGAGCACCUGGAGGGACUCACCACUAAAUGACUCAGCCUAGAUGCCUCCCAGAAAUCAACCCUACAUUUGCAUUGAGGGGCAGCCUGACAGGGCUGCUUCCCACCCCUUUUGGAAAUGGAGAAGGGGGUGGCUUCCCAUGACUCCCUAAGCCGAGCCGUGUUCUCCUGUUGUCUGUGACACCCGGCGACCAUCUUCCGUGGAGGCCUCCUGGGUGACGCGUCUCCCACCACCACCGGCAAUGCUUUGAAACGACUGGAUUUUUUGUGAGACUCUGUGUUGAUCUAUCUGAAGGGUGUACUUGUGAAGCCGCCUUCCUUUUGGUCUCCUGUUUCACCACGAGUUUAUAUGUUUCUUAGAAAUAAAAGAUUAUUUUUACCUAGCAUAAUGGGUGCUACAGAAUUAAAGGUGGAUGCCAACCACUAUCUCUAA